AUCACCUCCUCGCAUCGCAAUGGCGCUGUCUCUGAGCCUUUUCUUGGGCGGUCGUGUCCGCGCCGCUGUCGCUCGCUGUGGGUUUGCGUCCCAGGGCGUGGCGGGUCCGGGUUCUAUCAGCCGCGAGCCAGAUCCCGAUUCCGACUGGGAGCCGGAGGAGCGGGAACUCCAGGAAGUGGAGAGGUACCUGCUUCUUGGCGGGCCCUCAGCCUGAAGCUAGACUUCGCGCCCUGUCGCUCCUUGCGGUACCGGGUAGCUCCGGGCAUCCGGCAGCCAGGUCCGCAGAGGCUCUAGUUUAUUUUCAACCUUUGUCUAGGGCGCAGGGGCAAGUGGUCAGCUCCCUUGAGACCCCAGGUCCCGUUGCUUAGUGACGUGUUUCAUCACCCGUUAGAGAGUUCGGCAUGUUUAAACGCUCAGGUGGUUGUAGGUGUAGGAUUUCUGGGGCGGUAUACACGGAGUGCUUUAACCUGGCAGACAUGGCCGAGCUGCCUUCGCGGUCAGACGAGGGCUGGGCUCUCCAAGAUUUAGUCCAAGACUUUUGGAAACACUCGUAUUACUUCCACGCAUGGCUUUUGCCAUUGGUUCUUUCCCCCAGCGCUUUGAAACGACAGAAAAAAGCAAUGCGAUUCCAGAAAAUUCGAAGGCAAAUGGAGGCUCCAGGUGCCCCACCUAGAACACUGACAUGGGAAGCCAUGGAACAGAUCCGGUAUUUACAUAAGGAAUUUGCAGAGUCCUGGUCAGUUCCCAGGUUGGCAGAAGGCUUUGAUGUCAGCACUGAUGUUAUCCGAAGGGUUUUAAAAAGUAAGUUUGUACCCACUUUAGAGCAGAAACUGAAGCAGGACCAAAAGGUCUUGAAAAAAGCUGGGAUAACCCGAGUGGUUUGGCAGCUCCCCAUUUCUGAAGAUACGUUGAAGCCGCUCAGUGCAGGCCAUCCUAUGUCUGGCCCUCUGCUGAUGCCAGGGGAUGAAGUCUCCUCUAACAGUCAGACUCACAGCAGAGCUUUGAAAGUAACGUCAAACACUCCCAGCACAGAGGCACAGAAGAAACGGGAAGAAAGGAAUAAAAGAAUCCAAGUCUUGGAAGAAAGCUUGGUGCCUACUGCCACAGCCUUGGGUCAUCAGAGAGAGCUUCAGAAAUACACCACCCAUGACUCUGAGGCUGACAGGAGAGCCAACAAUGAUAUAUUACCAAGUGUUGAGAAGCUGGAAGAGUUGGAGGCUGGGGAGCCAGGUGACCAGAACUUCAGCAGCAAAGUAGUACAGAAGGGGCGUGAGUUCUUUGACAGUAACGGAAACUUCCUUUACAGAAUUUGAGCCUGGGCCUGGAUUUUGGAAAUGCCUAGACAAGUAGAUUUGAAGCAGCCAUUGGCCACUUUGGAGUAAGAGUCGAUGAGGCCAGGAUGAGGGUGGAUGGCUUACUUAUAGGUAGGUCAGACUUCCUGGAGUAAGCCCCAUGGAUCCCUGUGGAUCUAAGGACUCAUUCAUCUUUGUUCCUUGGAGGUCUUUCUGUUGAGAACAAGAAUUCUAGGUAUCCUGUCAUGGAUUUUUGUGAUACCAUGUUGGGAGGAAGUUGAAAGCUUGCUCUUGACCUCUUUUCCUUUCUAAUUCCUGAACACUAUUCUUGCUCUGUCUAAUCAGUUGGUUUCCUUAUGUGCAGAAUAAAGUAAAAUGGUGCGGUUUGA